AUUUAUUUAUUUAUGGCAGCACAUAGACUGUGGGGCCACCACUGGGGAAAGCGACUGUUGAUGACUUAGGAACCAGUCCCGGCUCACUUCUGCUGAGGAAAAUGUAAAUUAGUAUGGACGCCAAAGAACACUUGUAUAAAGUACUUGUUAUUGGGGAAUAUGGAGUUGGGAAGACGUCAAUUAUCCGGAGAUACACAGAAGGGUCCUUCUCACCAAAUUAUAAGCUUACAAUAGGAGUUGAUUUUGCUUUGAAAGUCCUCUACUGGGAUGAAAAGACAAAAAUUAAUCUACAGCUUUGGGAUGUUGCUGGCCAUGAGAGAUUUGGACACAUGACCAGGGUGUAUUAUAAAUAUUAAGUAAAAAUACUCAAGCUUUUUUCACUUUGUUUUAACAGACCACUGACGUUUGAUGCAGUUCUUAAGUGGCACUGGGAUGUAAAUCAAAAAGUUAUGCUGACCAAUGAAAAACCAAUUCCAGUUCUUUUAUUGGCAAAUAAAUGUGACUUGAAAGACUAUCCUUAUGAUGAAGAAAGAUUGAAUCAAUUUUGUCAAGAACAUGGGUUUAUUGGCUGGUUUCCAACGUCAGCAAAAGAAGACCAAAAUAUUGAUGAAGCAAUGCAACUAUUGGUGCAAGCCAUCUUAAGUGUGUCUGGUGAAAGCACAAAACCUAAUCUUGAUGAUUGUAUAGCCUUGCGGGGAACGGUGUUACAGUCUCCAACACAGAUGUCUUAUGACUCGCGUUAUAUGGUUGACUUUUCACAAAAGUAUCAAACUGAUGAAACUUAUAGUCAAGCCCUUCCUCCCUCUAAGGCAAGUAAAUGUUGUCCUGGCUAGCUGGUUGACUUCUAAAAUUAUAGAUUUAGCUUGUAACUGUACAUGCUUAACAUUACCUCUAUAGCAUGUAGCUAUUCUUUAGAAUAGUCUCUCAACAUUGUGUGACCUCCCAAAAAACAGCUGCAAAUUUGAAGUUUAUCCUUAAAUAUGAAUUUGACUCUUAAACUAACAUAAGUGACCAAGACAGACUUUCUCCUCACAAUAUCUUUACAAUAUCAAGUAAAAUAAGGAAAAGUAUCAAAUAGGGGAUCACUAGUUGAUCAAAAACCAAAUUCUCAGAACUAACAUUAUAAGAAUUGUAAGGCAGACACAAAGGAGAAUUCCUAAAUAAUGUGACCUUGGAACCUACCAAGGGGAAUCCAAAUGAGAUGUGCUGAGCAGGCUGUGUACAUGGGAACCAGGAAUUUUGUCAGUGCUCAUUGUAAUAGCCCAUUUCCAAAUUGCCUUUAGCUUCUUUUUCAAAGCGAGUCCUGAUGCUCAUCCUUUUGUAUGGUAAUAAGUUUUCAUUCACAUGCAAAUUAAACUCAUUUUCAUAUGUAUGGUUGCGCACCAGGCCUUGUGUUGAAAAAGAGGCCAAACGUAAUUCAGAAAUGGCCUAUUUUAACAGCAAGUAGAUACAGAGGAAUGUUACAUGGCUGUGCAGAGAAAUGAAAUUUCUGUUUGAGUAUUGGAAAACAUUUCACUUGUGUGCUUCACUCACCCGUGAAAUACUUUUCAACAUGAGAAAAAAAAAUUUUUAUCUCCAAGCAGCAAUGUUAUAUUCUAUUAUUAUUAAUAUAAACACCAAUGAAAAACCAAACUAUUUCAGUUUUGCUACAAAAGGUGGCAUUUAUUAUGUAACUAUAUUAACAGGUUAUUUUUAUGUGUGAAAAUAGCAUGUUUUUGUGCGAAAGCUCACCUGGUAUUUCACUGGUGUCAAUAUCAUAAUAUGAAGUGUUUUUUUUUCAGUUUUUAUAUGGUUAUUGUUUGUUUCAAGGUGCUUAAUAUUUUUAGU